CUUUAGUACAGCCGUCGAUAGCGGUUCUUUGGUGGUGCCUUUUCUCCGUUCAUCAGUGUUCUGUUUUGAUCAGUUCGUUUAUUGUUGCCAUUGCUUUUUCAUGCAACAAGCAAGCCCAAUCGUCUGGUAUCUCUCGAUUGGAGCCGUCUUUUGACCUUCACACUCUCUGGAAGGCGUUGCCUUUUAAUUUUGUGUCAUUGUUGUUUGCUUGAAGGAGCCACAGGAACCACAUUAUUUACUACUAUCCCCAACGAUGGCGGCCAGUAACGGUGAUUCAAAAAUGACCCAACAGGGACCUGCCUUUGACUCGAACGCGAUGACGCUGACGCGUUUCGUGUUGCAGGAGCAGCGCAAGUUCAAAGAGGCGACGGGAGAUCUGUCCCAGCUGCUCAACUGCAUACAGACGGCCAUAAAGGCGACGGCGUCGGCAGUGCGCAAGGCGGGAAUUGCGAAGCUGCAUGGUAUUGCGGGUGAUGUGAAUGUUCAGGGUGAGGAGGUCAAGAAAUUGGAUGUGCUGUCCAAUGAGCUGUUCAUCAACAUGGUGAAAUCAUCGUACACCACCUGCCUGAUGGUCUCCGAGGAGAACGAGAAUGUCAUUGAGGUGGAAACAGAGCGACAGGGCAAAUAUAUUGUUUGCUUUGAUCCGCUGGAUGGUUCGUCCAACAUUGAUUGUCUGGUGUCCAUUGGCUCCAUUUUUGCCAUUCAUCGUAAGAGAAGCACCGGUGAGCCGACAGUUCAGGAUGCACUCCAGCCGGGCAAUCAGCUGGUGGCUGCCGGCUAUGCGCUAUACGGCUCCGCCACGGCAGUUGUGCUGGGUCUGGGUAACUCCGUCAACGGCUUCACCUACGAUCCAGCGAUUGGUGAGUUUAUCCUAACCGAUCCCGAAAUGCGUGUGCCCGAAAAGGGUAAGAUCUAUUCCAUCAACGAGGGCUAUGCCAGCGACUGGGACGAGGGCGUCCGUAACUAUAUUUCGGCCAAGAAGGAUCCCACUAAGGGCAAACCGUACGGCGCUCGUUAUGUUGGCUCUAUGGUUGCUGAUGUUCAUCGCACCAUCAAAUACGGCGGCAUCUUCAUCUACCCGGCCACUAAAGCUGCACCCAAUGGCAAACUCCGUCUGCUCUACGAGUGCAAUCCCAUGGCCUAUCUCAUGAUCCUGGCCGGCGGUUUGGCCAGCGAUGGCAAGAAGAGCAUACUCGAUAUUGUGCCUCAGAAGAUACACGAACGUAGUCCCAUCUUCCUGGGCUCCAAGGCUGAUGUCGAGGAGGCUCUUAGUUACCUAAAGUGAUGUGUCUUAUAAUUUUUUUUUGGAAUAAAUAGACUUUUGUAUGUAAUAUGUGACUACAAUUUUGAAUAAAUAGAAUAAAAACUA